AUGAAUAUUAACAGUGCCACAGUUGGUGAGGGAGACAGGCCAUCACGUGAAGCCACCAUAGCUGCCCAGUUAUCUCGGCCACAGGCACGUGCCAUACUUGACAUGGGAUAUGAUAAGAAGAUGGUCUCAUAUAUCAUCAAGAAACGUCUAGAACGCAAUGAGCCAGACUUUCCAAAUGCCACUGAGAUGCUCGAAGCAAUAUUUGAUGUAGAGGAGAAGAUAAACAGUGGAGAACUUAAUCUAGAUGAUCCUGAUCCAGAACCACAAGAUGGUGCUACAGGAGGCCCUGUAGAGGGAGCCACUGGGGGAGCUGCCACACCUGGCCCAAGUAGAGUAACACCAGCCUCUAAGGGAGCAAAAGAAGGCAAGGGUCCAUCUGGAAGACUUGAAAUCCCAAGUCAAGCCACUCUUGCCAGUGGGAAGGCUCCAGAACCUGUAACUGUUGACCGCACUGAACCAAUGGAUAUGGGAGAGGAAACACAUGGAGGAAAUACUGAGGGUGAUGAUAAAGAUAAGGAUGAUAAAGAUAAGGAUAAAGAUGAUGAUGAAGAAGAUGUUGAAUCACUAAAGGCAAAGGUACGAGAAAGCAAUGAAGAGAAGCUGUGUAAAAUCUGCCUUGAACGGGAGCGUAGAUUAGUGUUCCUGCCCUGUGGGCAUGCGUGUAGUUGUGCUAUAUGUGCCCCUGGAUUGAGAACAUGCCCAAUGUGUAGAGAGAUUAUAAGAGGGACUGUCAGAAUAUAUUUCUCAUAA